CGACAUUCAGGCGUGUUGUUGGGCUGUGAGGUCUGCUCUGUUUUGCUGCCGUACUUAUUAAUUUUACGGACCAAAACAACCAGUCGCAAAAGUCGCAAUGAGUUGCGAAUUAUGAAAGAGCCGGAAUAUAUUUACUAACAAUCGUAAUUUUAAUAACUUUUGUUUUUACAUUUAAACUUAGUUUGACGUAAUUUUAAAGCGCAAUUAAGGUAAUAAUGGUUGAAAACGAGGAACGGUUGACUGAAAGAAGUGUUUCGGAAAGGGAACCUGCUGUGAAUACAAUCAGUGAAUUACCAGGAAAAAAAUAUGGAAUUACUGUAGAAGUACCAAUGUUUUUGGCCAUGUUAGGCAUAUCAUUAUCAGGUACUGCCAUAAGCAAUAUAAUUCUGUACCGGACAUGUGUACACUCUCUGCAUCAUGACAAGGCUGAAUGUCAAGUGUUUCUUGGUCCAGACAAGUCUAACAGUAGUAGACAACUGGAGGAAGAAGUGCAGAAAUAUGUAACCUUCAUCUCAACAGUGAAGAUCGUAUUGGAGUCAGUUGGUCCGGCUAUAUUGUCAUUUUUCUUAGGAGUAUGGUCCGACACACAUGGAAGGAAACCACUGAUUGUUUGGCCACUUCUUGGUAUGGCGUUGACUUCAAUGAUGGUAGUCGUGUACAGUAUGUUGGAAGACUAUGGCCCUUGGUGGUAUGUGCUCACAGCCAUACCAUACUCUCUCACAGGAGGGUUCACUGUCCUCUUCACCGGAACCUUCUGUUACUUGACCGACAUCACCAGUACCAAGAACAGAUCACUUAGAAUGACAAUCCUAGAGGCGAUGGUAUCCGUCGGGAGUGUGGUAGGAGGAAUAGCAAGUUCAUAUUUGUUGAAAGCAGUCGGCAAUGUCUACCUACUCCUAAUAGUUGCUGUGCUAAAUGUGAUCUCAUAUGCUUAUAGUAAUAUUUACUUAAGGGAGUCUUUGACAGGCGCUGUACGGGGGGGAUUUACAUCAAUACUGGACCUGUUAUUAGUGAAAGAAAUGAUGCGACAAUGUUUCAAGCGACGCCCAAAUUAUGGAAGAGCGCAGAUUUUAUUGCUCACAGUGGCAAACAGCCUUUCAAUAUUCAUCCUAUACGGUAUCGUAGGCCUGGAUUACUUGUAUGCAAGAGAGAAGCUUCAUUGGGCGAUGAAGGAGUAUACAAUAUUCUCUGCCGCGAGUACAACGAUAUCGUUCUUCGGGUCUUUCCUGGGUGUGGGUCUAGUGCAGAAGAUAUUGCCCGUCGGGGACCUCAUGUUCUCAAUUAUAGCAUUCUUAUCGUCAGCGGUUGAGUACUUCAUUCGAACAUUUGCAACGCUCACGUGGCACAUGUAUUUAGGUGCCGGAGUGUCUCUCUUCAAAGGCCUAUCAGCGCCCCUAAUAAGGUCGUUGAUAACGAAGAUAUUACCAGUGGAGGACAUAGCGAAGGUGUUUUCCCUAAUGUGCGCCCUGGAAGGCAUAUCUCCGUUAUUCUCACCGGCCAUAUACAAUACGUUGUACAACUUCACCAUAUCGCGGUUCCCGGGAGCAGUGUACAUGCUUAGUGGUGCCAUAUGCAUAGUCUGUGCCGUUAUGUUAGCGUUUGUCAAGUUCUACAGAUGGAGAGCGGCUCGGCCAGCGUACAGUCCUUUGCAGGAAUAAGUGAAUAAACUGAUGUGCAACUAAAUAAACUGAUAGGCACAUUUAUAUAGGUGUUUUUAAGUUGAGUGUUGUGUGAAUGUAGAUGCAUGAUAUUGUGUUGAGAGAAGGAUGUAUGAUAUGUGUAGCGUUGAGCCUUUUCUUGUCCUUUUUUGGAAAAAUGGUAAUUUUACUUUGCAGACUAAUUUAAUAGAAAUGCAGACUAAUUUUGAUAACAAUUAUGUAUUCAUUAGCAAGGGCUAGUUACCAUAAUGCCAUAUUACUUAGAUAGUCCUAUAGUUACCCAUAUUGCAGUAGUAAGUUUUAUUUACAAAAUCAUACUACCUACCUAUAUAAUAUUAUUUAUAAACAUUGUUGACCCAACCCGCAGUGGAGCAGCGUGGUGGAGUAUGCUCCAUACCCUCUCCGGUUGAUUGAGAGGAGGCCUGUGCCCAGCAGUGGGACGUAUAUAGGCUAUUUAUGUUAUGUUAUGUUGACUCAUGCCAUGUUCGGUUUAAUAGUUAUAUGGUGAUAUUUACAUUGUGUUAGUGUUGGGUCAUGGCUAUUUAUAAAUAUCGCGUUAUAAUACCUACACAGUGAUCCACAGUGGUGAUAAGUAAUUGCAUUGUUUUAAAUAUACGAGUCCCCGUAGCAUGCUGCCUGUAGGUAUACCGCGCGAGUUGCCAAUGAGCGACUUCCCAGAAUAUGUUCCUCGAAAAAAGGAAUAAAUGGCGCUGUACAGAUUUAACGUGAUAUUAAUUGCAGCGGCAUAUAUAAAAAAAAUUGUUGCUUGAAAUUUGGAUCAGAUAGUUUAGAAAUAUAUUGGUAGCGCGAGACCUAUAUUGCUUGUCUUUAUUUUGAUCAGAUUAAUAAUGGGGUAGGUGUGUUGUGCCUGGGUGUACAGAGCCAUCUAUUUUUUUUUUUUGGGGAACGUCGCUUGGAUAAUCCCUCAUUAGAUUGCUUUAUUUAUCGCAUAGCCAAUAGCGUUCAUCCACACACCGCCACACGCGUGCUACCAGAGCAGUUUACCUAUUAUUUACAUGCGUAGGUUUUGCUUGUGAUUAGAUUUUAAUAUUAGUUACCAAUUAAUACUUUACACUAGGUUCUCUGUAUUAUGUCCAGAGUAUUCCAGAGGACCUAGACCUAGGAUAACAUUUAUGAAACAAAUAAAAGAGAAGGUGCAGGUCGUGUCGUAUCGGGAGGUGAAGGUUUUGGCGGGAAGAAGAGAGGAAUGGCGGUUACUCCACCGACAAGAGCGCAGCUCUUGAAUAGAGAGAGAGAUUCCAGAGAUACAAAGACAAAAUUAAGUGGAUGCUUGAGUCAAAAACAAGUUGAAAUAUAUAUUUUCCCGUCUGAGCAUCUAAAUCUUGAUUAAUAAUUUGUCCCUUUAAAAAUAUUAUUUGAAGAUCUCACGAGUAGAUUAAUAUUUAUGGGCCACUAAUAAAGGAUUCUCGAAUGUCGCAAAGUUGUUGUGAUAUAUUUUUGUGUUCAAUAGUUAUUAUCACUGUAAUACUUUUAAGUAUCUUGGGUAUUUAUCUUUUACCCACAUAAAAUAAACUCUUAAAAAAUAGGUUCGCCCCCUAUUACGAGACUUAAACAUAGCUGGCGAGGAGUCAGUGUGUAUACUAUACACCUCUGCCUACCCCUUCGGGGAUAUAGGCUUGAUGCUAUGUAGCAUGUCUUAAAAAAUAGUGAUACGAGCGCACCUUAACCACAGGAAGAUCAUAAACAAAAGGUCGUGUAUUAUUUUAAUCUCCAAUUGAAGUACAACGAAGUCAAUUUGAACAAUAUUGUAUUUUGUACCUAGUUAUAUUUAUUGUAUGCUAGAUUUAAUUAAUUAAAUAGGUAAGCUAACUAGAAAAUAACAUUUUAGGACAUCAUAUCAAGCCGAACAUCAUCGAACCUCGUACAGAUCCUGUAGUAUUACAAAAGUACUAGGUUCAAAUCCUAGAUUUGAUUAGCGUAAAGCACAUGACAAUGGUGCUAAUUCCUGUACACAUCAUCUAAUUUUAUUUUAAAUUAUUAUACCUGUCAUUUUCUUAUCCACUGAAAAAGAAAGGGACGGGUAAUCGACAGGCAUAAAAUUUAUAGAACACACGUCAAUUUUAGGCACAAAUUUCAAAAACCCUCCCAAAAUUUUAUAGUUGAUUUUCUUUGGUUUAUUUCAUUCGCCCGGGUUUAAUCAAUUUAAAACAAAAGAUUAACAAUUGUCAAUCAUCCGUCCCUUUCCUUUUCGGCAGACAAGAAAAUGACGAGUAUAACUUAAAAUAAAAUUAGUAGGGGCCUGCAGGAAUCGGGGCCAUUAUAAUUUCUGCGUAAUAUUGAAGUGUCCUAGAAGUUUUUAGUCUGUCCUCGGUGGUUAAGGAAAUGGUGCCGAUUCUGGAAGACAAAACUUUAUUUUAGUCUAACAGCUCUAAAUAUAGUGCCGUCCUUCUCUUAUAACGAGUGCAAGACGGAGAUGAAGCUAGUUUUAGAACUAAUUAAGUUGACGUCUGCACCAACGACAGGUAUAACUUAAAAUAAAAUUAAGAGGUAUUAGAAUCAGUACCGGAUGAGAGCCAUCAGCGCUCCCCAUUGUCCAGCUAAGUAGUUGAUGCCAUUGGAGGCAAACCUACAAUACCCAAGUCUAAAAAGAAUCGGCACCAGUCUUAAAGUAGUCCUGUGUUCAUUUUCUCGGAAUCUUUGCUUUAGGAAAUGUGAUCUUAGACUAAGUAUUUUUUAUGUACCUUUAUACAUUGCUAUUUUGAAUAAAUCAUUUAAAUGGGAA